AUGACUAGAGGAAGUUUUGCGAAAAAUGCAUUAUUUUUAAUAUCUCUUUCUUUACUACACAAUAAAGCACAAGGAGAUUUUUUAGAUUAUAACAAAGAUAAAUUUUAUGACUGUAGCGGAGGAAAAAAUUAUACAGAAGAAUAAGAACAAGAUAUAUUAGUCCUUCCUUACAUAGAUAGAAUUGCAUUUCUGAUAAUACCCCCAUUUUCAAUGUUUAUCAGUCUUUUAGUAAUUAUAAUUUUUAUAAGAUUCAAUCAGACAAGAUCCUUUCCUGGCUAUAUUUCGUUUGCCUUAGCAUUAACAGAUAUGGUUUUGAAUAUAUCUUAUUUUUCGUAAGCCAUUUAUGUUUUUUCUGAAGGAAAUUCUCCUAAAAGCAGUGAUGCGUUUUGCUAACUAACAGCUGCAUUUGGCGUUAUAGCUCUUACGUGCUAAUACAUUUACAAUCUCGCCUUCGCAGUAAUAUUCUAAAUAAAGAUUAGAAGAUCUUUGAAGGGAUAUACAAACAAGUAAUAUUAUUUGCAUGCCUUUGUUUUAGUAGUAAGUGUAGUAAUAUCGAUGGUCUCUAUGAGCUUGAAGCAGAACGGUUUGAAUCUUUUCGGUCUCUGCUCUUUUUCUUCAUCUAAUAAAAAUACAAGCUUCUUAAAUAUCAUCGUUUUGGUAGCUUUUAACGGUAUUUAAUGGCAUACAGUAUAUUAUUUAAAAAAAGUAGUACCGAACAUGUAGCUGCGUGAAAACAGCAUAAAAAUUAUCAACCACUACUCCUUAUAUGUAGUGAUGUCGUCUAUCACAUUCAUGAUUUUUUUGAUCAGUGAUUUUAUUGAAAGUAUGAACUGUGGCUAUAUCAAAGAGCCUGAUGUUAAUAUUUUUAUAACAAUUGGAAAUUUAGCUAGAGUUUUUCUCCCCCUUUUUUAAGGCAUAAUUCGUUUAACUGAUCCUGAAAUUCGUUAGUAUUGUCUCUAUAUUUUAGCAAAAAUGAAGAUGAUAAGUAUGGAUCCCGAGCAGCUAUAAUAAUUAGAAGAAAGAUCUAGAGCACAACAAAUGAAUUAAGAUUCAUGGGUUGCAGAGUUGUCUAAAGACUUAAGAAUUUCCACCGUGUUUACGAUGCUUUGCUCUAUUUAUCUUGAUAUUUUAGAAGAGGACCAAAAGAAUAGCUUAGGCUUUAAAAAGUUAUGCAUGGAAGAUUCAUAAGAAAUAAUUUAAAGAGUUAUAUCGAAUACUGUGGUAAACAGAAGGUUUAAAUUUGAUAAAUGGAAUUUUUAAAAGGAUAAUUAGAGAAAAUAAUUCUAGAUUGUACCAAUUAGAAUGACAACUCAUUCUCCAAUCUUAUUUAGACACAUAAGAGAUUUGGAUAUUGAUGUAAUUGAUUUUUCAAAAUCGCUUGAUGUAAUGAAAAAUCAAGACUAAUUAAUGCAAGCAGUCGGCUAAGCUGACGGCGGAAGAAGUGGAGAAUUCUUCUUCUUCACACAUGAUAAUUAGUUAAUUUUGAAAACACUAAAAGAAGAAGAGCUUGUACCUUUCAAAAAGAAUCUUUAUUCCUAUGUAGAGUAUAUGAAUCAAAACUAAACUUCUAUGAUAUCUAAAAUUUAUGGCAUGUAUUCAUUUGAGGCUAUAAAGGGAGAUAACCAAAGAAUAAAUCUUCUUGUUAUGAAAAAUAUUUUGUGCAUACCAAGAGAGUACAUCUUAAGAACUUAUGAUCUGAAAGGAUCGAAAUUGGGCAGAUAAGUGCUGGUAAAUGGUAAAGAUUAUGAAGAGGCUCUUUUAAGAAAGAGAGUUUUAAAAGAAAAUGAAUUCAUGAAAUACGAAAAAAAAAUAUAUCUUUAAGAGAAAGAAAGUGUGCUUGUAAAAUAAAUAUUAGAAAGAGAUAGUUAGUUUUUAGCCAAGUUACAAUAUGUUGACUAUUCGUUAUUAAUCUUCAAAUUGGAUUAUAAAUAAUUUAGAUUGGACUAAAUAUAAACAUCUAAACAGCUUUUUUAGUCUUUUAAUUGCAUGAAAGAUGUCAGAAACAACGGAAUUUAUUAUCAUAUCGGAAUUAUAGAUUAUUUAUAGGAAUAUAAUUACAAGAAAAAAAUAGAGCAUAAGUUAAAAGAAGUAAGAUACGGGAUAUAAGCUGAUGCCUCAAUUCAAGAGCCUAAUUAUUAUUCACAAAGAUUCAUAGAAUAAAUCGUCAAAAAAAUAUUUUGA